AUCACCGCCUCUGCCGUUUGUCCAACAGGAGCCCGCCGCCGUCGCCAUGUCGGAGGCCGACUGGUCGCACUUCUCGCCGGCCGUGCGCCUGUGCGAGGUGGAGCGGCCGGGCGGCGCCGGCAGCUGCGGCUUCCACCUGUCCAGGACCAAGUGGGACCCGUACCCUUGGGUGAGCGUGGUCGAGGACGCCUCCGCGGCGCAGCGGGCCGGCCUGCAGGUCGGCGACUGCCUCCUCGAGGUGAACGGCGAGGACAUCGUCGGGCAGAAGAUCGCGGAGGUGGCGGCCCGGGUGCGCACGCGGCCCGACUGCGCGUCCCUGCUCGUCUGGAACUGCGGCGCCGACGAGAGCUGCGACCCGGAGUCGCUGUGCUGCGGGCCGAUGCCCGUGUCGCUGAAGCGCCUGUCGGCGUGCGUGGGCGCCGUGCUGGGCGCGCUCGAGUGCCCCGUCUGCCUGGACACCAUCCCGCCGCCGGCGCACCAGUGCGGCAAUGGCCACCUGAUGUGCGCCGGGUGCCGCGCGCGCGCCGAGCGCUGCCCCGUGUGCCGCGUGCGGCUGUGCCGAGGCCGCUCGCUGCUCGCCGACCAGGUUUACGAGGCACUGACGGACGGGUUCAACGUGGGCGCGUCCCCGAGGGAGGAGCAGUCUGCCAAGCUGAGGCAGAAGCUGCUCGUGCUGGGCGGCAGCAAGAAGAAGAACGCGAACCCCGAGCUCAAGGUGAGCUUCACGCCGUCCAACAAGUUCCUCACCAAGCUGAUGGGCAAGUCGUCCUCGCUGACCAACCUGGCGACCACGGACGACGAGCCCGUCCGACUGUCCGCCGUCCCCAGGCACUUGUCUAUCACGGCGGAGCUCGGCCCCCAGCUGAAGGUCAAGUCGCUGUCCACGUCGGAGAUCAACCGGCCGCUGGACGGUCGAUCGCUCAGCCCGUCGCCGCCGAGCCGCUCGCCGAGCCCGCAGGGCCGGGGGCCCCCGGGCUCCAGGAGCCCUGCCACUCAGCGGCUCGGCAGCGGGCUGCUCGACGCCGGCUUCCUCCCGCUGGGCUCCUCGCAGCGGCCCAGCUCGUGCCACAGCUCGUUGGAGAGCCUGUCCGAGGCCGGGCCGCCCGAGGCGCUGUUCCGGUGCCCGUGGUCGUGCGAGUGCGCACUGCGCCUGCCCGCCGCCAGGAUCGUGUCGCACGGCCGCGCCCACGGCGGGCCGCUGCUCCUCGCCUUCCGCGCGCACUGCGACCUCGCCCUGCCCCUGCCCGGGCCCCUCUGCGUCCAGCUGCCGGACCCCCGGCCCGACCUCGGCGGCCAGCCCCGGGAGCUGUUCGUCGACUCGCACCGCGGCGCCCUGCGCGCUUGGCUGGCCGGCUCCGCAGAGGACUGUCGUCACUGGAGGCUGCGCGUCCAGGUCUUCCCCGCCGACGUCCCCGAGGCCGCCACGGCCACGACGACGCUGCUCGUCCGCUCGCUCUCCGUGGACGCGGCCGACCUCCGGCGGGACGCGACGGCCUCGGCGGGCGACGGUGGCGCCGCCGUCGGAGACGUCGGGCCCGGCCCGGUGGAGGCCUUCCCCGUGCCAGCCUGCGCCGGCCGUCUGGCGCUGGACUUCGUCGCCCGGCCUCGCGCUCUGGACGACGCGGACCCGGUCCCGGACGCGGUCACCGCCGUCAAGCACGGCGUCUCACCCAUCGUGCCCAUCGUCCACGCCGCGACUGAAGCGCUGCGGUGACGGCUUUGUUUGACGCCGCUAUGUGGAGAUUUUGUACAUAUAGAUGAAAUGGCGACAUUGUGAUGACUUUAGGACCCCAAGUUACGCCAAAUAGGUCGUGAUUACCCUCAAAUUGGAGUGAUUAGGUCGUCGAUGGAUGAUGUGAAGGACUUCAACGUGACGACUACAUGCUUGGGGAGAGCCGAAGUUGACUAUCUAUUUAUAUGUUUAUAGUAUUAAAUGCAUUUGUAAAGUUACCAAA